AUGGCCGCAUCGAUUUAUGCCACCCCACCGCCAGAUUUAAGUAGUGAAGACACAGCACUUUCGGACGUAUCGAAUUCAUCAUCGCUGAAUAAUCGCAGUAACAACAGCAACAGUAACAGUAACAGUAACAACAACAACAACAACAACAAUACAACAGAUGAUGCCGCUGCUACAGAAACACACACUACAACAACAAAUAACAAAAAACCAAAGCGUACCAUAGCAGAUGUUUUAAUGGAUAACACAAGUCAGCCGCUACAACAACUUAAAUCAAGUAAUCUAAAACCCGCAAAUACACUUGCAGAUAUGGGCAGCAGUGCAAAUACAAUAUUGGCCACAAACGUCACUAAUACCGACCUCACGUCCACACAGAAUGCUACAGCAGCAAUGGCUGCUGUUGCUGCAGCCGCUAAUGCUGCUAUGCAAUUAAAACUAUUGGAGGCUAUCAGUGAUGCUGCCAAAAAGAGACGUAAACAAAAUAAUCCUAGCCGCUUGGACGCGCUUAAUGUAAGUGGUGAAGCGGCGGAAGGAAAUGAAAUAACAGAUUGUACAGAGACGAUGGAUGAAAAUUCGACAGAUGAUUUGAAUGCCUCAACACUACCGAUUGACUAUGAGGAGCAAUUGUCAAAAAUGUUUUUACCAAAAUCCAUGGAACAACUUAAGGAAACAUUUCACCUGUUACAACAGCAACAACAACAGCAACUACAGCAGCAACAACAACAACUUGAACAAAUUAGGUCAGAUAAACAAGCAAACAUAUCACCAAUUCAGACUUUAAGUAGUAACCCUAAAGAAAAAACUGCCACUGAGGAUAGUUUACAUUUCUCACUCGUUAAUGAUGUUAUGAAGAAUCCUUAUCAAACAUAUUGUAAGGAGUGUGGUGAGAAUUUUGAAAAUGAAUUAAAACUAGGCGUGCAUAUGAUACAAGAACAUGGCACCAUGAGCAAUGAAAAUGCUAAUGGCAUGCAUUUGCGACAAAAAAACGAUACGGGAACUUUUGACGCUUUACAACCGGUCAGUGUGAAAAUAGAACGUCCUGAUUUUGACAGUCCUUCGUCGUCACCACAAGCCCAUGCAUCAAAUUCUCAACAUGAAAAUGCGCAUUUAGCUCCCAAUGGUAAAGAGCCUUGGAUGAAUUCAUUACCCGGUAUGACAUUUCCAUUUCCACCUGAUGCUGCUGCAGCUGCUGCUUUGUCGGCAAGUGGUUAUCUUCCAUUGCUUGGUGUACCUGGUUUUCCUCCUGUUGAUGGUCUCAAUCGGCCACCUUUGAGAAUAUUCAAUCCCGAAGCUUAUUGCGAUCUCUGCAAUAAAGAAUUUUGUAACAAAUAUUUUUUAAAGACGCACAAAGCCAACAAACAUGGCAUUUACGACCCGGCGAUUUCCAGUACAAAUGAUAUGGGGAUGGGAAAUAGUUCGGGCAUGAAUACAAUGAAUCCAAUGUUUCAAUUUCAAAUACAACAACAACACAUACAACAGCAACAACAAAUCCAACAACAUUUGCAGCAAAAACAACAUUUGAAUUUAGAAGUACAACAACAACAACAUUCUUCAUCACAAGCUCAAACCUCGCUUAAUAUACCUCAACAAAUAACGCCACCGGCUCCUCCAACUAUAUAUUGUGAUCUUUGCUCAAAACGUUUCACUAAUAUUUUUGCCAUGCGACGCCAUCGCGCCAAGGCGCAUGAGCAAUCACUAACACAACGCAACAGUCCAAAUGAACAACCACAGCAGUCCCCAGAAGCCACCGAAAAAGUACAAGACAUAAAAUCUGAUACAACUGGGAAUAGUUCCAGUUCAGAAACUAACAUAAAACAAUUCCAGAUGCCAGAAGAUUUUAGGCAAGAUUUUACUCUAGAACAGGAAGAAGUAUCGUUUACUCCACAACCACGUAAACUAUCGCCACAAUCGCAGCAACAGGCACGUGAGGCAAAUUUUGCCCACGAUAAACUUAAACGUUUAGGAGUGCUUAAUCCAGAGGCAUUCUGUGAGUUAUGCUGCAAGGAAUACUGCAAUAAAUACUUCCUACGCACACACAAGUGGAAAAGACAUGGAAUUUUCGUGCCUCCUGAUGAACUCAAAGAAGACCAACUGCAAUUAGCACAAAAAUUUCCAUGGGCAUUAAUGAAUAUGCCGGGUAUGCCUCUGAAUUUUAUGAUGGCGAGUGAAAAAGCUGUUAUGGCACAACGUAUGUUAGCUGCAGCUGCUGCAGCAAAUAACUCUAAUGAUAGCAUUCCGCAUAUGAGUAAGCGUAUCAAGCUAGAAUUGAAUGAUGACAUUACUGAUGAAAAUCAAGACAACAAAUCGGAAACUAAUCGCGCACAAAGCGAACUGCAACAGCAAAUGUCAGCAGUUAAUAUGACAACUAUACAGGAAUCGCAAAAAAUACUCGGUGACACAAAUCUUCCAGCGAGCCCUGAAGCGGCUAUGGGUUUACAAAAGCUUCAAACUAUGAUACAGCAAUGGAGUGAUAUGAAUGGAAAACGUGCACUAAGUUGUCAUAUAUGCGGUCGAGAGUUAGAGAAUCAGUACGCUUUGCAUGCUCACAUGAUGACAGAACAUGCUGGUGGCAUGGAUGGUAACAAUGCCAUGCCAUUGAGUUUCCAGCAACACAUUUUUCAGCAACAACAAGCGCUAAAACUUUCACCCACAGGUUCUCCAGGCAGCCUGCCUUUAGGUAGUGACUUACGUUGCAAUCAAUGCGAUCGAGAUUUCAACACUUUGCAGGAAUUUAAACAGCAUUUCGCUGAAGUACAUUUACUACCUGGCAGUCCACUUCGAGACGGUUUUGUAACACCUGAACGUCCUAUCAAUCCUAAUUCUGCAGGUGGUACACGACCACUCUACACUAUAACACCCACCAGCAGUUAUUGUGAAAUAUGCAAUAAGGAGCUCUGUAACAAAUAUUUCAUGAAAACUCAUAUGCAACGUAUGCACGGUAUCGAAAUUGAAAACGGCGCACAAAUUGGUGGCGUGGUUUGCAACAUCUGCAACAAGGAACUUUGCAGUAAAUAUUUUCUUAAAGUACACAAACAGAAUACGCAUGGUAUUAUGGAAGAGGGCUCUCCGUUGCCGCAACCCCGUCAGAAUGGACUAGGUUUUGAGACACAACAACAACAACAGCAAAUAAUGGAAACCGAACUUGGACGUGGUGUAAGUUUAAGUCCAUUUGGUGGUCCUUUAGGUAAUAUUGAAGUUAAGUCGGAAGCAACAGAUGGACGUUAUUACAAUAAUUAUUCAGAAAUAUGUCCAAUAUGCACAAGACGAUUCCGCAAUGCAAAAUGGUUGCGUGCGCAUUUGCUGAGUGAUCAUGGAACAGCAGGUGUGGAGAAAGUACGCGAACUUGACCAACAAAUGGAACAACUUAGUAAGCCGUCGAGUCCAACACUUAAAAUACCAAAUGGUGCAAGUUCUGGUGGAUCGAGUAGUGCCAGUAAUCUGGUGCCAAAUCCAGCUAGUUUAGCACAAGCACUACAAAAUCUAAAUACACAACACUUGCUGAGCAAUGUGCCAAAGAAUGUGCUGCCAGGCAUGUUCGGCAAUGUUGCUGACCAAGCACAAACAUAUCAAUGUUCAAUGUGUCCCUUCACAACUCCCUAUUAUGCAUUUCUAUUCAUACAUGAACGUUCGCAUUCGAUACUAAAUACAGGUGAAAAUCCAAAUAUACAACAGGAAACGAAUGCCAAUGCGGAAAAUGGUGAUGAGAGUGCAACAAUAAGUGAAAUAAAAGAGAAAGAAGCAACAGAAACUGCGAUUCCUUUAUUGCAAGAAAAAACUGAAAUGACCACAAAAACCAAAACUGAGGUUGAGAAUAUGGAAAACAGUACCGCAAUCACAGAAAUUAGAGAUAAAUUGGAAAAUAUGGUCGCGGAAAUUGCUACAGAACCAAAAAAUCUUUCUAUACGUACAACUACACCUUUGGUUACUGAAAUUGAGAAUACAACAACUGCAGCAACAAUUCAACCAACAGUGAAGGAAAAGGAAGUGGAGGUCAAUGUUGCUGAGACAUUAAACAUAAAAACUGAAGAAGAGGAUGGGUUGGUGGUAAAUAUGAGUUCACCAAAUACCGUGAAAAAUGCUAAACAACAGUCCGCCAAUUUACGUUCAGCAGCAACUUCACCGGUAGUUGUUACACAAAAUACUUUGCUACAGGAACACAUGUUGCAGGACAUUGCCAAUGCAACAGGUAAGAUAGCUUGUUUUGCUCUACCAAAAGGUAUGGCUAACGCGGAGAAGCAACAAAUGCAACCCUUUGUCAUAGAAUCCGUGCAACAUGGCAGUGUAAACAAAAACGAAGCCAAGGACUCGGGUGAGCAUGCAAAUAAUGACAGGUUUGUGCCAGCUAUUAUUUAUUUACCAGUUAAGGAACGUGUAACAGGACCAAUAACAGUGUCCUUUAACUUGACACCAGCUUAAAACACAA